CUGGAGAGAGGGCGAGACGGCUCACGUGACCCAGCAAGAUGGCGACCACAAUGUAGAAUGGAUGCGAAUGAUUUAAACUAAGUGGAUCCGUUUUGCUGGAAAUUUGGAUCUGCUGGUUAAUUGUUUAUCUUCAUCAUAUCACAGAAUCAAGAUGGCCCUAAAUGUCUUUGAUCAUGAUGAAUACAGGCCACCCGUGUGGAAGUCUUACUUGUACCAGCUCCAGCAGGAGGCACCUCACCCACGCAGACUCACCUGCACCUGUGAGGUGGACAACCGACCUAAAUACUAUGGAAGAGAGUACCACGGGAUGAUCUCCAGAGAAGAGGCCGACCAGUUACUGAGUCAGGCCGAAGGCAGCUACCUCAUCAGAGAGAGUCAGAGGCAGCCGGGAACAUACACACUGGCUCUACGGUUUGGGAACCAGACGAGAAACUUCCGUCUCUACCAUGACGGGAAGCACUUUGUUGGAGAGAAGAGGUUCGAGUCCAUCCACGACCUGGUCACAGACGGCCUCAUCACACUCUACAUUGAGACAAAGGCAGCGGAGUACAUCGCCAAGAUGACCAUAAACCCCAUCUAUGAACAUGUGGGCUACACCACCCUGAACCAGGAGCCCACCCUGAAAAAACACCUACCGCUCAGCCCAGAGGCCCCGGACGGACCCGCUCCAGCCAAAGAAGACCGUAAUGCAGAGGAGAGGCUCACAUCGCUGGUGCGGCGGGCCACCCUGAGGGAGAGCGACUUGGCGCCCAAGUACGAGAAGGUCCACAACUUCAAGGUGCAUACAUUCAGAGGCCCCCACUGGUGUGAGUACUGUGCCAACUUCAUGUGGGGUCUCAUCGCUCAGGGAGUGAAGUGUGCAGACUGUGGGUUGAACGUCCAUAAGCAGUGCUCCAAAGUCGUGCCGAACGACUGCCAGCCAGACCUGCGGCAUGUCAAGAAGGUGUACAGCUGCGACCUCACCACGCUGGUCAAAGCACACAACACCAAGAGACCCAUGGUGGUCGACAUGUGCAUUCAGGAACUUGAGGCUAGAGGUCUUCAGUCAGAGGGUUUGUACAGAAUAUCAGGCUUCAGUGAGCUGAUUGAAGAUGUCAAGCUGGCCUUUGACAGAGACGGAGAGAAGGCUGAUAUUUCCUCGAAUGCUUAUGAGGACAUCAACAUCAUCACCGGAGCCCUCAAACUCUACUUCAGAGAGCUGCCUAUUCCCCUCAUCACAUACGAUGCCUACCCACGCUUCAUAGAGACUGCAAAGAUUACAGACACAGAAAAACGUCUGGAGUCUCUCCACGAGGCCUUGAAGCUGCUGCCGCCAGCUCACUGCGAGACGCUGCGAUACCUCAUGGCUCAUCUCAAGAGAGUGACCCAGCUCGAGAAGGAGAACCUCAUGUCCAGCGAGAACCUGGGCAUCGUCUUCGGCCCGACGCUGAUGAGGGCCCCCGAGCUGGACGCCAUGACGGCGCUGAACGACAUCCGAUACCAGAGACUUGUGGUGGAAACGCUCAUUACCAACGAAGACGUGUUGUUCUAAGAGGACGGGAAGGAAAGGACUGGGGAGAGGAAGGACAGACAGGUUGGGAAGAUGCUUGUAUGUUUUGUCCUCCUGUGAAAAGACGGAAGAAAAAGUGACUUUUUGGAAGAAAAUGAAGAAGAACCAUGCAAGACACCUGGAGCAUUGCCAGAGAGGACAAAAAGUACACCACCUGUUUUUGUGAGGAGUGGAUGGAAGGAACAAUGAAGGAUUCAAAUAUUUGCAAAGAAGGAACUAUUACAAAAAAGAAAACAUAGUGGAGACAAAUAGAUGGAUGGAUGCAGUGGUUUCCCUACAUUUUAAAUGGAAGACAUUAGUGAAACAUUUGUCAAACUUCCACAGAAGAUAAAAAUGUGUCAAGUUACGAAACAAGAAUCAAUUACUGGAACACUAAAUACUUGGAAUGACAAUUUUCUUGCCUUGUUUAAUAGAAAUAAACAAUUAUCUGUUUUAGCGAGCUGGGAGAAAAGAGAAAUAUGUUCUGUAUCGUAAGGAAAACUUCAUAGUAGCGUUGCAACAACAUUAUUUUAUCUAUGUGGGGGAAACACUGUGUGAUCCAUCUGUGUGUUAAUAUCUUCUCUUUCUUAAAUGGAUGCCUUGGCAGUUUCUAUUUUUCUUCAGCAAAAAAAAAAAAAUCAGCUCCCUAUAAAAACGAAGUGGUCAUGAAUGGUUUCAGUGAAAAUG